UUGGGUUGCCUGGAAAAAGUUACAAGAUACUAGUCAAGGCUUCACAGGAAUAGGAUAUGACCAGGCCACGGGUUUGUUCACAGCACCUGAGCAUUGGUGGGCGAAAAUGGAAGCGAUGAACCAGCGAUGUGCAAAGUUCAAGACAAAGCCCUUGGAGCACUUGGAGCUUAUGGAAAUGGUGUACUCGGGCGCUUCUGCAACAGGAAAACAUGCAUGGACCCCAACUGAAAUCCGUGAUGAUGAUGUGGUCGCCAAUGAUGCAGACGCUGACAGUGGCAUGGCACUUCUUAGUGAUGGCACACCACCUAUUACUGUGCCUGAUAGAGGCGGCGAAAACGUGGUCGAUUCUUCGCUAUUUGAUGAUGCUCCCCCACAGUCCACUGCAGAUGGAUCAGCCAACGCAAAGCGUCGAAAGAGGGCAGCCCCUAGUACAGUGGCCAGUAGCAUGGACAACCUUGUCGAGGUUGUUAGCAAACAAAGCAGGGAGCUGAAAGUCACCCAAUAUGUUGUGACAGGAAGGGGCAAGAACACUGUUGGGGAUUGUCUUGCGAGGCUUAUGAAUGUUUUAGGAUUGGAGCUGGGUGGUCCGUUAUUUUCGUUUGCAUGCUCGCUAAUGGAUUCACCGGACAACCGCGACGUCAUGAUGGGCCUCCCCGUUGAUUGCAUUGUUGCGUGGUUAAAAGAGAAGCGUGCCAUAUGUCAUCCAACUGUUGUCAGUGGAACCCGCGGUGUAUCUCUAUUUGGGCGAGAUGGGGUGCUUGACCUUAAUUAA